GAUAGCUAAUGAUAAGCGAACAAGUGCUAUUAGUGAAAAGGAAACCAAAGGAGUUGUGCGGCAUAAAAAAGCCGACAGAAAUAAAACCAAGUAGCAUUUAUUAAAAUAAUUUGAAUUAAAAUAUAAAUUUGUGCGGAACAAAAUUUCCCCAUAACAACGCUGCCAUUUGUCAAAAGCAGCAAUAAAUAAAAAGUUUUGUAUUUAUUAUACACUGCCCAGUAUGUCUCAUACAAUUUUGUUGGUUCAACCUGGCGGUCGACCAGAGACGCGCACGUACAGUGACUACGAAUCGGUUAAUGAGUGCAUGGAAGGUGUUUGUAAAAUCUAUGAAGAACACCUCAAGCGUCGUAAUCCAAACACCCCCACCAUUACUUAUGAUAUUAGUCAGUUGUUUGACUUCGUGGAUCAGUUGGCAGAUAUAAGCUGCCUUGUGUAUCAAAAGUCAACAAAUACUUAUGCGCCAUACAAUAAGGAAUGGAUAAAGGAGAAGAUAUACGUAUUGCUGCGCCAGGCUGCUGGUAGCACAGACUGAAUUUCAUAAAUUUUUCUUUCAAAAUUUAAUUUAAUUGGAGGUUCUUUUCUUACUAUGUCAUCAUUAAAGAAAUAAAGAUUUUACUAAGAGUCUCCAAUAUCGAAAUAAAUAUUUGCAUUAAAGUAUACUCUGUUUUAUAAAAAUCUUCAUCUUACUAACUCAUUACAAUAUUCUUAUUGUUCAAUGGAUCAAUCAAUAUUAAUAAUAAAUCGUUAACAAAAAGAAAAAUUGACAGAAAUCAACAUUUUUAACAAUUUUCUGUUAAAAUGCAUAAGUCAAGAAUAUUUCUUUGAAAAUUUAGUAAAAUAGUAACAAUACUAAUCAUAAUUUAAUACAAAAUGUUUUUGUAAAUGCCGCAGAAGCGACUUUAUUUAAUUCUUGUAAAAAGUUAGUUUUAGUUUCAUAAAAUAAAAAAGUAUG